AUGCAAUCCGAGCCCACUGCCGUUUCCGAGAAGACGUCUUUCCGUGAUUCACCCCCCGCGAAUCCUAGUUUUACCCAGCAUGGAAAUGAUUCUGAAGCCGGCCCAGUCUCUGGUCUUCUCCAAGAGAAGUCUGGAGACCCGGCAGCGCCGGACUUGUCGACCCUCGCAAAUUCCCAUGCGGCCUUGAGCAAAUCUGACUUGAGCGAUGUUGCCUCAACCCCGCCCUCGGCCCAACGGGUGAGCCAGCAUGAAAAUGCUGGGUCUCCAGGCAAGAGACGUGCAGAACCUGGACCUCCAGUUGUCGCUGGUGGACCAAUAAAACUUCCUUUGGAAACACUACCGAAUGAGGUUCUUACCCACAUAUUGUCGCAUUUGCCUCCUCAAUCUCUUUCGGCGAUCACCCUGGUAUCCCGUCGGUUCCAUGCGCUCGUGACGACCCCACAUGCUUGGAGAAUCGCUUUCUCGCGGUUCUUCCCAGGCCCUCAAAGUGUGGUGGAUACGCGCUGUUCGGACCAGGCUGAUCUAGCGUCGGAUAGACGGUAUUUUGCGCGGCUGACAGCGCUCGCAUCAUGGCGCAGUGAAUAUAUCCUGCGUACUCGUCUGAUGCGAUCUCUAUCUCGAGGCAAACCAGCAGAUUUCCAGCCCUCCAAGAAACACGGUACCGUUCGCGCCGCAGCGUCGCGCAAUGGUAGUGCGGUCGCUACAUACACGUCACAGCUGGUGCUUCCUGUGAGCCACAUCCAUGGAGCUUUCAACAAUCCUGAUAAAGAGCCGAAGUUUAUCCAUGGCGCUUCUGAGCAAGGCAUUGCCUCGGCAAGUGACCCCUCGACCGUGAAAGUGAGCACCUGGGGAUUGGCGGAUCACCAGAUGUUCCGGCACUUUGCAGAUAUGUUUCCUGGAGAUGCACCGUACGGUCUUGGAGCUGGGGACAUGGUCGGCACGUCCAACUCCAUGGACGUGAGCCAACCCUACGGCAUGAUCUAUGGUGAGGGAUGUCCGCAGGGUCGCAGCUACUUCAUUUCAACCACGGAGCAGCGUGGCCGGUUCUUGGGACUCUCUGACUUGGGCUCCCACCCCAAGCUUGGUAUUCCAGCCGUGAGCAUGAUCCACCAUGCCGUGUGCUCUGUGUGGAUUGCAAAGUCCGCUUCAAUACUCAAGACGACAUCAGGUCUUAUUGGUAUGAUGUCUGGUUCUUCUUGCGGUGUAAUCACCGCGUAUGCACUGGGCCCUCAUCCUACAUACGAGAGACGGUACGAGAAGGGGCAAGUAACUGCUAGAUGGGUUCUGUGCCCAGGUGUGCCGAUCAUCAGCAUUGCUGUCGAUGAGAAUUACUCGCCGAGGCGUCACCUUCGCCAGCGGAUUUGGGCUGUUGCUUUGAAUGCGCUGGGUGAAAUCUUUUACCUGACGGAUCUUCCACGAUCGCAAGAGGUUUCACCAACCGCCAAAUUGACUGCUGAGCAGUUCGACGAGCUUGCUUGGAAAACUGGUCGCACGGUGCGCUGGGAACUUGUUGAACCGAGCCGGCGCAUCGCUCGGCCAGACCCUUUCAACCGGGAACUUGUUGAUGGAAGCUAUAGCCCGCGAUCCUCAUCUGAUUCAAUGCAACUUGAUGAAAAUCAGAUUGUCGCAGAGACCAAAGAAAUUGAAAAGUUCCUCUCCUUCAAACCGAAGUAUUUCCGCAAGGUUUGCGAAGGCUGGAAUAUGCGGCGCGACCUGCAAGUUGAUUUUGCGGGUGAUGAUGGGCGUGGAUCUGGGGAGUCGGUCAUUGUUGUCGCUCGGGGCGCCGACGAAACCGAGAAGGCAUCAGUUCGACGAUACAUUCGAGCUGUAUCUAAUUCUGACUUGAAAUCUUCACCGGGAACUCCAGGUCAGGAACAGCCUCGCUCUCUGUUCGGUGGACCAGUUGGUACCUCGACUCCAUCCAGCAUUCCAUCGUCUCGAUCGUCGGGUCGGUUGAAUGAUUUGGCGAAGAGUAGCGAAUGGAGGAUCUCGAACUUCGUGUUCGAUGAUCGCAGAUCAAUUGAAGUGACCACUACUGCGCUGGAUAGCUCUCUAUUUGCGACUGUCACUGCAGAAGAAGAUCCUCUGUUAGCAAUGUCUGGAAGCUCAUUUUCAUCCGCAACAUCCUCGCCGAUGCUGCCACAUAUGGACCAGCCGCGUACAGUCCUCGAAGUUCCAGGACAGCGAGCAAGAUAUCUCGCCGUAGGAACUGCCACUGGCACGGUUUACGUUUGGGACAUUCGUGCAUUGCCAGCGCAAAACCCAGAUGUCAUCAAUACCAUCGCUCCGCUCAGGAUUAUCCAGACAGACUCGCCCCAGAUAUCCUGUGUAGCACUCACUUCCCUAUAUUUAGUUCAUGGCGGCAAUGACGGUCUCGUACAGGCCUGGGAUCCCCUGGCAUCAUCCACACGGCCAAUUCGGACCAUUAACUCUCGCUUCUCAUCUCGAGCUCGCCGCCGUCUAGUUCAGGCAGAAGCUACUAUGCUCGGCGUGGGGAAUAAUUUCUUCGCUACAGGCGCCAUCUGCCUAGACCCAGACCCAACUGUUCUCCGUGGUAUGGUGUCCCUCGGCACUCACAUCCGGUACUGGUCGUACAGUUCAUCUGGCGCCGAUCAGUAUAAGGGUACCAAACGCCAGCUUCGACGCGGUCUUCGCGGCAGCAACGGGGCCGGCAAUGGGCAACGUUUCACUCCCAGUGGACGUGGAGCAAUCCACGACUUCAUCGAAGAUGAGCGAAUCGAAAUCAAGCGACAAGAGAUCGAAGAUGCCAAAGAAAGAGCACAUCUCAGCGCCCGUUUCGGAGUAGAUCUACUCGGCCCCGAUAUCGAUGAAGAACAACUUCUUCUCUACGCCCAACUUCUUAGCCAGGAGGCCCAUAGUGGAUCAGACGCGCAGAAACAUGAAGAAAACGCUAUCGCAAGCUCUGUCGGCACUUCCAUCAGUGACCCAACUAGGCCUAGUUCCUGUGGUAUGGAUGAGUUGUCGUCCUCCUCUUCACCAUGGCAAGAUGCUGCUGACGACACCGUGGAUGAUGAUUUGGCUGAGGCUAUUCGCCUGAGUCUCCUCGAUGAGAAGGCAACUCCUGUCAAUACCCCUCCGGUUGACUUAACGCCGUCUAUCCCGAUUAAGUACGGUAAGGGUGUUAGACGGCGCUCUUUGUCAUCAUCUUCGUCAGUGGCUGGUCCUGAGAGCAGUCAGCAGAAAGAAAUGGAUGAUCUUGAAUUUGCUAUUCAGCUCAGCUUGGCGGAAGAUCAAAGUCGUGAUGUGCAACAGUGGGAGGAAUUCCCUGUUCUUGCAUCGGGGCUCUUGUCCUCUUCUCAAUCUUCUGGGAAAGGCAAGGGUAAGGCGAGAGCGAUUUAG